AUGGGAAAGCAGGAGGUGCCUCUGAACGCACCAUUCCACAGGCGUCUGAUGAAGAAGAAUGAUGAACAUCUGUUCAAGCGCUUUCUCGAGCUUCUAAAGCAGCUGCACAUCAACAUUCCGCUCAUAGAAGCUUUGGAGCAGAUGCCAGCAUACGUGACGUUUUUUAAGGACAUUUUGACGAAAAAAAGAAAAGUCAGUGAGAAAGAAGUAAUAGCACUAACGCAGGAAUGCAACGCGUUAGCACAACCUACUUCUGUCACCCUUCAACUCGCUGACAGGACAAUUAAGUACCUAGAAGGGAAGAUUGAAGAUGUUUUGGUGAAGAUUGACAAUCUCAUAUUCCCAGCAGACUUCAUUAUUCUGGAUUAUGAAGCAGAUAGGGAGGUUUCAAUCAUCCUUGGAUGCCCUUUCUUGGCUACUGGGAAAGUUCUGAUUGACGUGCAUAAAGGUGAGCUAACCAUGCACGUGGAUAAUGAAGAGGUGAAAUUUAAUGUGCUCAACGUAUUAAAAUUCCCAGACAGUGAUGAUUUUCAGCUAAACAAUAUUGAAUUGGCUGAAGAAGAGACUCGAGUAUAUGAAGUUCUCGCGUUGGAGGGAAGCCUGAAGGAAUCCGAGCCGCCAAGUCUGAGUGAGCAGUAG